GCCUGGUUACAGACACAGCAGUGAAGUGCAGCCAUGCUUUGGAGGUACACCCGCGGGAGACAAGAACUAUCAGCACGAGCACCACGCAGCUUGGAAGGGGAUUGCCAGGCAGAAGAGGAAAACAUCCUCACCCACUCUUGAAAUGUGUGGGCUAACCAAAUCCAGAGCAGCGUGCCAAGUCACAGUGUGUGACACAAACGGACACUGACAUGCAGUUUUCUUUCAGACAGGUGAGGAGGGAGAGCUGGAGAAACAACGUAUGGAAACACAUAAUUGCUGUUCUUACUCAAAACAAUAAAUGCCAGUUACCAAGCUUUGGUGAGGAGAAAUAGGACUGCUUUUUCUUCCUAGCAGGCCAGCUGCCCACCCCUAGAGGCUACGGGGUGAACUUUGUUAACUCAGACAGCAAAGCGGAGCGAGAGUAUCGCCGCAGACCCAAGGCGUCUCGGCCACCCUCUCACAGCGACACCUCCACACGCGGAGCACAGCGCCGCCGCCAUAACGCACGUAACGGCCACUAAUGGCAAGCGAGGGCGGGAAGGGGUGUAACGCCACCCUGCGGCUGUGCUCCCCGCAGCUCCCGAGAGAAGGCGCGGUCCGCCGGGAGCUACUGCGCGUGUGCACGGCGCUGCCGCUGCGCUUAUGGCGGCGCCCCGUAGCCUUCGCGUCUCGCGGUGCCGAGCGCGGUGACGUGCGCAGGCGGUGGGGGAUGGCCGAGGCGGGGAGCGUGGUGUCUGCGUUGGAGCCGCGGCUGGAGGCGCUGGGCCGGCGGCUGGCGGCGCCGAGGGGAGCGGGCGGCGAUGGUAUCUUCUUAGCAAAGGGUUCAGCUGCUCUGGAGAAACUAAAGGACCUCUGUAAAGAAGGGAAAGAGAAAGCACGUCAUUCCACGCUUCUACAGCUUUACACGCAGGCUGUCUUAGAUGUUACCUAUUUCGAGGAAAGCCAGCUUGUGGAUGAAGAUUUUGCAGGGGAAUCUUCCUUGCAAAAAGUUAAAGAACUUAUUUGUAUUCUUUCAGACCCAGAAGACUUAGUGAGGGAAUGCAGCAUAAAUGAAGAACCCAUCAACAUCCUAGGUACAGAUCUGGUAGAAUGUCUUUACUGGAGAAAAGGAGCGCUGCUUUACAUGUAUUGUCAUACAGCAAAAGAAAGGAGUGAAUGGCUGCGAGGAAACAUUGCUUUAUUUAAAAAGUGUCUUAAUGAUGGAGUUCAUUACCUGAAGAGGAUGCUUAGCUUUAGAUGCCCUCUUCAUUUAGAUGGAGAUGUCUUGCUUCAAGAUAAAGACACAGCUAGACUACUCAGUGAAGGUGUAUUUAGUGACACCCACUUACUGGCCAUGAUGUACAGUGGAGAAAUGUGCUACUGGGGACUGAAAUACUGCGGAGAGGGAAAGCAGGAGAGCCUCAAGAUGAUGGACUCUGUGUCUGACGGUGACCUGGGCAGCAGAUCACAGGGUGCACUGGUAGAUUUCCGAGAGCUGGGCAAAACCAUGUUAACAAAGUAUGUUGCUGUGUGUGAGGGACCUUUGAAAGACCAAGGAUGGAACACAAUAAGUGCAAACGAAAUGUUAUGUUACCUCAGGAAAGUCCACAGCUAGAUUUGUCACUGUUGCUCUGUUGGAAGCUGCUCGCUGUGUGAUGAGCACUAAUAGGAUGACUGACUGCACCAGGCUGAGACCUGCUGUGCCUCGGAGCCUGCCUGCUCGUACAAAAUGUAUGCUCAGUUGCAUUAAAGCAUGAGUUCAAAGAA